CGCACCGCCUUCGCCGUGUACACAACCCCCCUCACAGCACGCCCACACCUGGGCCUCGCCCCGACACCAACCCACCCCCACAUCCUCCGGCCCGCGCCCUCCCCGAUCGAAGCCCACCACGCCUACCAGAUCAAGAAGAUGGACCCCUCGGGCACCCGCACGCGCCUCUUCUCCAAGCAGAACCCCGACAGCGCCCGCGUCGGCGACAUCCUGCUCGUCACCAGCAAGCGCGCCGCCGAGCCCUUUGCGGGCGUGCUGGUCGGCAUCCGCCGCCGGGGCAUCGAGACCGCCAUCCUGCUGCGCGGCCAGCUGACCAAGAUCGGCGUCGAGAUGUGGUUCAAGAUCUACAGCCGGAGCGUCACCGGCAUCGAGAUCGUGAAGCGUGCCAAGAAGAGGGCCAGGCGCGCCAAGCUGACCUACCUGCGCAAGCCCAAGCAUGAUAUCGGCAGCGUGGACCAUAUCGUGCGGGAGUGGCGGAAAGGCCGGAAUGUCUUUGCUAGUGCUGGU